UUCGCGUGCUUUACAGCGUGCGUGUGUUAAAUUGUAAUUGUUAUGUAACAUUAUGUAAAUAGUAAAAUUAGAUAUUUUAAUAAAAAAAACAUGUAAUAACACACUUAUUCGAUUUUAAUUUGUAUAACAAAAACGUAAGAUACAAGAAGUCGUAUCUUAUUCCAGGAAGUUAUAAUAUAGAAGUUAGCCUUGAUAUAAUAGGCCUUCGUCGUCUUUUUGUGCUUCUCCAUUACUGGUGGUUGGCGGUUGGUCUCGUGAACCGUGUCUUCUGCAGUUGCAAUACCCGAUAUAUACUAAGAGUGUUCAAUAAAAAGUCAUAAUGAUUAUGAAGCAAUUAUCUUUCAUUAAACAUUUUCAUCGCAGUCGCUUUUCAGUUAUUCACUGCGUAUAUAGUAUAUCCAACCUAACAACAUCUUAACUUUAAAACAUCUUCCUGAAUCCUUUAAAAAUUGGCGACUACAAAUUAAUAUCCUCAGAUAUAUAUUUCUUUAACCGUGGGAAAUGGUAGAAAUUACUAGGAGACAACUUUCAUAAGUGUUUGUUAAAAUGUUAUGAAAAAAUGCCUAUAUAUAAGAAGUCUUAUAGGCAUUUUUAUUUCUUCAUGUAUGCACAGUUAACACGACGAACAGCUAAAACAAUAUUUUCAACUUUCUAAAUCAUUUAUUUUACUACCGAUUCCAUGCGGUCGCUGUGAAUGGAAAUUCUUCCUCGAUUGAAUCAGCACACAGAGUAUGAACCCCUAAUGUUCCGUUUGUUUACCAGCUCCGUAAUAAAAUGUAUGAAGCAGACAUAUAUUAUUCAGAAAACGUUCCAACACGACCGAAACAAAUCACUUCUAAUUAUUAAAAUACUAAAGCCAAUUGAUAGCUUCUUUGUGAUUAUCAUAGUUUCUAAUCUGUCUAAUUUAUCGUUUUUCAUUUCAACGAGAAUAUAUCGCACUAUAAUAUUUCUUGAACACCCCUCGUAUGUCUAAGCACAACAUGACAAACAAGUCGUUAUUAUUAUUAAUUGCUAUUUUUAUUACCAGAAAAACAAAGGUAAUGAGUUUGUUCGCCAUUAAUUGUAAUCGUUAUAAUGUUUUCACUCGUAUUAAUUUUUUGUGCCUUAUUAUAUUUAAUCAUUUAUGUUAUUGGUAGAAGCAACGAAGUCUAUUGGAAAAAACGGAAUGUGGCUUUUUAUAGAAAAAAUAAAGUUACAGGAGUUAUGUGGGACUUUUUGACGAAAAACACUCCACUUUUCAAAACUGUAUGUGAAGUAUAUAAAGAGUAUCGGAACGAACCUGCUGUUGGUAUAGGAUCGUUUCUAACCCCGUCCUUAUAUGUGAUCGAUUUAAAUAAUGUUCAACAUAUAUUAGCAUCAGACUUUCACUCUUUUCAUUACCGAGGAUUGGAUACCAACAAAAAUGACCUUCUUGCAGAUAAUAUUUUGUUUAUGAAAGGAAAUAGGUGGAAACUAAUGCGACAAAAUAUGACACCCCUGUUUACUCCGACAAAAUUAAAAGCCAUGUUCUAUAUUGUAAAUAAAAGUGCUAGGGAUUUUGUUAUUCAUCUGGAAAACAAUCAAAUGCUUCUUAAAGGUAACGCUUUUAAUACAAUAUCGUCAUUUUGUAGCGCUGCUAUAAGUGCUGCCGUAUUUGGCGUGACUUCCAAAUCAAUUUUCGAAUCACCUUUUCUUAUGGUUGCUAAAAAAUCUUUUAACUCCACAUUUAUUAAAGACCUUAAAUUUGUGAUAGGUAUUUUUAGUAAUGGCUUAUUCAAACUUCUAGGAUUUACUAUGUUUCAUAACCAUGAAAAGUUCUUCAUUAAUGCAAUAAAACAGGUAUUAAGUGAACGUAAAAACUCUAAUGUUAAAAAACACGAUUUUGUUGAUUUGUGUGUUAAUAUACAAAACUCUGGGGACCUAUUAGAUAAAGAAACAGGAUACAAAAUCACCCCAACUGAUGAAAUUUUGGCUGCUCAAGCUUUUUUCUUCUUUGUCGGUGGAGUUGAACCUACAACAUCAGCUAUGUUUACAACUCUCGUGGAACUUGGAAAAAAUCCUAAGAUUUUGGAGCGACUCCAAAAUGAAAUUGACGAGACAUUUAGAAAAAACAAUAAUGAACUGUCUUAUGAACUGGUAAUGAAUAUGACUUACCUCGAUAUGGUGUUAAGUGAGGCUUUAAGAAUGCAUCCACCAAUAGGUUUUUUGAUGAGACGUUGUGUACGAGACAGUGUUCUUCCUGUAGGUAAUAUUAAAAUCAAGAACGGUACGAAGAUAUUUAUUCCACUCUAUGAGAGGCAUCAUGAUGAAAAACAUUUCCCGGAACCAGAACUAUUUAAUCCUGAAAGAUUUUCCCCAGAAAAUAGACAUAAAAUAAAUGAUUUAACUUAUACACCAUUUGGCAAGGGUAAUAGGCAAUGUAUUGGAACAAGGUUUGCUUUGUUACAAACAAAAACAGGAUUAAUUCAUUUGCUCCAUAACUUCUCGGUCAAAACUCUUAUAAAAGAUGGAGGAAUAAAACACCGCCGUGAGCAACUUCAAGUAAGAUUGGAUAAUGUAGAUCUGGAAUUUAUCUCAAGAGGUAAAAAGAUAUAAUAAUGAAAAUUUGGGAACCCUAAUAAUCUUCAUAUUUUUAGAAUGAUAUUUGAAUGUUAAGGUUAUUAUUAUUGUAACUAUGAGUACGUUUAGUAUUUUACUUAUGAUAUCAAUAGAAGGAGAAAAGUAGAAAUAGGUUGUUGGAGCCAAACAUGAUUAAAAAAAUUCUUAGUUAUAAAAAGUAUUUUCUAAUUAUUU